AUAAAAACAAAAGAGGAAAACAUUUGUGGGUGUUUAGUUAAAAACUGUAGAUAUGGACAAAGAUAAACAGAUUGUGGCCAAUCAAAUUGGCUACUUGAUACUGAAAGAUGAUGGCGCGGUGCUCGAAUCGGGCGGCGAUCUGAAGAACGACGAGCGCAGCGCCAAUAUAAUAAUGGGUCUGCUCAAUCUGACCGAAAGCAUUGAUGAGAACUUCAUGCCAAAUAGCAGCUGUGAGAGAAUUAGCAUCGAUUACGAGCAUCACAGCUACACAAUUUGCAUGUCCAAUCGCCAUAUUUACAUUGUAAAGCUGUGCAAAAAUCAAAAUGGAGCCGCGCCAACAACGACGACCACUUCAUCCUCAUCCUCGACGAGUGUUUACAAUGAUGCCAACGAGGGCAGUAGCAGCUUGGUUGCCACAAAUCCCGCUAGCAGCACAAGCAGCACGGUGAUGGCUUGAAAGAUGCAGGAACAGUUUAGCGUCGCCUGUUGUGGCUACUGCCAAGGAGCAACAAGGAGCAGAAGCCACGACCGUGAAUACAAUUGGAAAACUCCCUUUUUCUAUUUAAUGCUACUCUUUAUUUGUCAAAGAAUACAUCAUUUGUGAGCUACUGUUCAAAUAUAUCGGACUUAAGCGAACCAAAAUCGAACUUUAA